CCCGCCGAGCGGAGGGUUCUCACAGGCAGGCAGCCAUGGCGCUGGUGGGGCCUGUGCUCUGGGGCUCCAGACGAGAGGUCUACCUCCUGUUGCUGCUGCUACUGCUGCUGCUGGCGCCCUGGGUCCCGGCUGGACUGGUUCCUUCGGAGGCCCCAAGCGUCUGUGCCUCAGACCCGUGUGCCCCCGGGACUGAGUGCCAGGCUGCAGAAGGUGGCGGCUAUUCCUGUGAGCCCUUAGAGCUCGGAGGCUGUGCCACUCAACCGUGCCACCACGGCGCCCUGUGUGUGCCCCAGGGCCCAGAUCCUAACGGCUUCCGCUGCUACUGUGUGCCUGGCUUCCAGGGUCCCCACUGUGAGCUGGACAUCGACGAGUGUGCGUCCCGGCCAUGCCACCACGGGGCCACCUGCCGAAACCUGGCAGAUCGCUUCGAGUGCCACUGCCCCCUGGGCUAUGCAGGCGUGACCUGCGAGGCUGAGGUGGACGAGUGUUUGUCAGAGCCAUGCCUGCACGGAGGCUCGUGCCUGGACGGUGUGGGCUCCUACCGCUGCGUGUGCGCGCCAGGGUACGCCGGUGCCAGCUGCCAGCUGGACGUGGACGAGUGCCAGAGCCAGCCUUGCGCUCACGGUGGUGUGUGUCACGACCUGGUCAACGGGUUCCGGUGCGACUGCUCGGACACGGGUUACGAAGGCGCGCGCUGCGAGCAGGAGGUGCUGGAGUGCGCCUCCGCGCCCUGCGCGCACAACGCGUCCUGCCUCGACGGCCUCCGGAGCUUCCGCUGCCUCUGCUGGCCGGGCUUCAGCGGAGAGCUUUGCGAAGUGGAUGAGGAUGAGUGUGCCUCGGAUCCCUGUCAGAAUGGGGGGCGGUGCUUGCAGCGCUCCGACCCAACCUUGUAUGGAGGUGCCCAGGCUGCCUUCCCAGGAGCCUUUAGCUUCAGCCACGCCGCUGGCUUCCUUUGCAGCUGCCCUCUGGGCUUUGCCGGGGAUGACUGCAGCGUGGAUGUGGACGAGUGUGCCUCAGGGCCGUGCCUUAACGGUGGCAGCUGCCAGGACCUGCCCAAUGGUUUUCAGUGUGACUGCCGGGAUGGAUACACAGGUCUGACAUGCCAGGAAGAUACAGAUGAAUGCCAGUCGGAACCAUGCCUGCAUGGUGGGACCUGCAGCGACACUGUAGCGGGCUACACCUGCCAGUGCCCGGAGGCCUGGGGUGGACAUGACUGUUCUGUGCAGCUCACAGGAUGCCAGGGCCAUGCCUGCCCACUGGAUGCCACCUGCACCCCCACCUUCAAGUCUGGGCUCCACAGUUAUUCCUGCCGCUGCCCGCCUGGGACCCACGGGCCUCUCUGUGGUCAGAAUACCACCUUCUCGAUUGUGUCCGGGAGCUCUGUGUGGGGAUUGGUGCCAGCUGGUGCCGCCCUGGCUGUGGCACUGGGGUUUCGGACCACGCUGCCUUCUGGGGCCCUGGCCACCCUCAAGGACACGCAGGAAAGCCUGGAGCUGUUCCUGGCGGGGGCCACGCUCCAAGCCACGCUCCGGAGACACGGUACUGCUGUGGUUGUCCUUCCACUGCCUGGCCUGGCCUUAAAUGAUGGCCGCUGGCACCAGGUGGAGGUGGCGCUCCGCCUCAGGACCCUGGAGCUGCGGCUCUGGCAUGCCGAAUGCCCUGGCCAGCUCUGUGUGGCCUCUGGUCCUGUGGCGACAGGUCCCACGGCCUCGGUGGUCUCUGGACCUCCGGGACCCUACUCCAUCCAUCUGGGUGGCUGGACCUUUGCAGGCUGCUUCCAGGAUGUGCGUGUGGACGGGCGCCUUCUGCUGCCUGAGGAGCUCAACGGAAAUGUACUCCUGGGUUGCGAGCACAGGGAACCAUGCCAACCUCUGCCCUGCGCCCAUGGAGGGGCCUGCGUGGAUCUGUGGACUCACUUCCGUUGCGACUGCCCGAGACCUUACCAUGGGCCCACGUGUACUGAUGAGGUUCCCGCAGCCACCUUUGGCUUGGGUGGCACCAUGAGCUCAAUCUCCUUCCUGCUCCACCAGCUAGGCCCAAACCUCACUGUGUCCUUUUUCCUCCGCACCCGUGAACCUGCUGGCCUGCUGCUUCAGUUUGCCAAUGAUUCAGUUGCUAGCCUGACUGUGUCCCUGAGCGAGGGCCAGAUCCAGACUGAGGUGAUGGGUCGGCCUGCUGUGCUCCUCCCCGGGCGCCGGGAUGAUGGGCUCCGCCACUUGGUCAUGCUCAGCUUUGGGCCUGACCAGCUGCAGGCCCUGGGCCAGCGGCUGUAUGUGGGUGGGAGGCUCCCCCCGAAUGACACCCAGCCCUGGGGUGGGCCCUUCCGAGGCUGUCUCCAGGACCUGCAACUCAACGGCCUCCGCCUCCCCUUCUUCUCUUCGCCGACGGAGAACUCAAGUUGGCCCGGUGAGCUGGAUGCCGCUCAGUCCUCCAACCUCACCCGGGGCUGUGUCUCUGAGGACAUGUGCAAUCCCAAUCCCUGUUCCAAUGGUGGGACUUGCCGCGUCACCUGGAAUGACUUCCGCUGCAGCUGCCCUGACAACUUCACAGGGCCCACCUGUGCCCGGCAGUGGUGGUGCCCCCGGCAGCCUUGCCCUCCGCCUGCCACCUGUGAGGAGGUUCCAGAUGGCUUUGUGUGUGUGGCCGAGACCACAUUCCACGAGGGUCCUCCUGCUGUGUUCAGUGGCCGCAAUGUGUCCUCAGCACGCACACUCGGCGACCUCAGCCUGGCCUUCCGAACGCGAGACCCUGAGGCUGGGCUGUUGCGCGCCACGGGCCCCGGCUCCGGCAUCUUCCUGGCGGUGCGCAAUGGCUCACUGGCAGUGGAGGUGGCGGGCUCGGUGCUGCCCGCGCCGGGGCCACACGUGGCCGACGGAGUUUGGCAUCGCGUGCGCCUGGCCCGGGAGUUCCCACAGGCCACCGCCUCGCCCUGGCUGCUCUGGCUGGACGGCGAGGUGACACCCGUGGCUUUGCAAGGCAUGGGCGGCGAUCUGGGCUUUCUGCAGGGCCGGGACGCUGCGCGCUUGCUGCUGGCCGAGAACUUCACGGGCUGCCUGGGCCGCGUGGCGCUGGGUGGCCUCCCGUUACCCUUGGCGCCGCCGCGCACAGGCGAGAUGCCCGGGGCGCGCGAGCACUUCGUGGCCUGGCCCGGGGCUCCGGCCCUGCACCUCGGCUGCCGUGGAGCGCCUGUGUGCGCGCCCUCGCCCUGCCUGCACGGCGGCGCCUGCCACGAUCUCUUCGAUCUCUUCUCCUGCUCCUGCGGCCCUGCCUGGGAAGGACCCCGCUGCGAGGUCCGCGCUGACCCGUGUCGCUCGGCGCCUUGUGUCCAGGGUCAAUGCCUCGUGCGCCCCGAUGGCCAUUUCGAGUGCCGCUGCCCUCCUGGCUUCUCGGGACCGCGCUGCAGCUUGCGUAUCCUGCCUCAGGGAUGUACCCUCAACUCUACCUGCAAGGAUGGCACCCCUUGCGAGGCUGGCCCCUUAGGCACCAACUGCAGUUGCCAGGAAGGCCUUGUUGGCCUGAGAUGUCCGAAUCUUGACCUGCCCUGUGGAGCCAGCCCGUGCUUGAAUGGGGGCACCUGCCGGGCCACCGGUGGCAUAUUUGAAUGUGUGUGCAGUGCAGGAUUCUCCGGCCAGUUCUGCGAAGUGGUGAAAAGCCUGCCUCUACCCCUGCCAUUCCCACUGCUGGAGGUAGCCGUGCCUGCUGCCUGUGCCUGCCUCCUCCUCCUCCUCCUGGGCCUCCUCUCAGGGAUCCUGGCUGCCAGAAAGCGCCGCCAGUCCGAGGGCACUUACAGCCCAAGUCAGCAGGAGGUGGCUGGGGCCCGUCUGGAGAUGGACAGUGUCCUCAAGGUACCACCAGAGGAGAGACUUAUCUAGGCUUGCCUGGCUGCUGGUGCCAUGCCCUGAAGGUCACUGCAGGACUCGUACCUGGAGCUUGAAGGAGACUGUUUCCAGAGCUGGGACAUCCACUGGAUGCGCCCCCAUGGUUGGCAGCCCUUGCCCCUGUCCGUCACGGACUCAGGAAAUGGGGAACAACUCAGGGAAGCAGAAGGGGCUGAGAGUAUGAACUCCUGACCUGCUGGGCUAUACAGGAGGUUACAUGUGGGUGCCCAUGGUAUGAGAGGUGCGUGUGUGUGUGUGUGUGUGUGUGUAUAUCUGUCUGUCAGAGGGAGAGGAGGGAAGAGAAAGGAGAGGAGAGGAGAGGGGAGGAGAAGAGAGGGAGAGGGAGCAUGUGCUGGUCUGCAGACUGUAGUGUGCUGUGACAGAGCUUGUGGGCAUGCCCUGUGUAUCUACAUGACUGUAGUAAGGGCUUCAUGUCUGGGGACAACCUGGAUGCCUUUGAGACAGGGGCAGCCCAAGGCUGCAUGCUCGGCAGCAUUGGAAAGGACAGAGCUUGCCCUAGCACCUAGACUUUGAUCUUGACAUCUUGUUAAACUUCUAAGGACAGCCCUUGUCCUGGAGAAGCUGGAAAAUGGGGAUAGAGUCUUGGCUUCCAGACCAAAAGCCCUUGAGGGCAGAUCUGAUUGACAGUGCCAUGGCCUUGUCUGCAGGGCAGGCCUGCAGGAACCAAGGAGCAGCUGCCCUGAACUGCCCUGCCUGCUGUGGGCACUUGCAGGAGUGGAACAAUCUCUCUGCCUACCUCACAGGGGUAUUCUGAGGAUCCGACAGACAACUCCAGAGCUGUUAAAACUCCAGUCUGAUGGAAAGAACUGGCUGCCCUUUCAGGUUUUGUGAAGUGUCUUGCCUGUCUAGAGUUGAAAGGGCUUUUAGGACCCUGGCAAGGAAACCACAGGUGCACAAGAAUGGAGGUGUCACUCUCUGUCCCUGUCCCUUGCAAACUCUCCACCUUGUGGUUCUCUAGCUCAGGCUGCCCAUUUUGCUUGUAGUUCCAUUGCCAAGGAAGGCCUCGGUUGUGGCCAAACAACAGUGCCCAGCAGAUGGCACCGGGUAGUUUCUGCACUGGCGCUCAGGCUGCAGAAGCUGAUUACAUCCUGUGGAUACUCAGUGCCUGACUUCUGCUCUCCCCUCCCCCACGGCCCUUUGACUUGGAGAUGUGUUCUUAUCCUUGUUCGGUGGGUCAGUGCCUCCUUCCUGGAGUUCCCAUGUGUAAAUGCCAGAUGACUUUACACAAGGAAACUGGAUGUUUCAAGGUUUCAGUCACUCCUGAAGGCACAGCCUUAGGGGCACCAGGUGCUCAGUAGGAGCUUUGUUAUGCUAAGCUAAGUGCUUGGUUCUUACUCUGUAGUGGAUCCCAUGCCCAGCUGUGUCCUUUGGGAGAGGGGAGAGGAACCAGGUUCCUGGGUGAACUGUUGCAGUUGCCAGCUCCUAAGAUGUUUCCCGUGGAAUGCCAAUAUAGUGAAACAUUCCAGCUCCACUUCAGUGUCACCAGCGUGGCCUCCUUGUGGUACUCACUUGGAGGCAGGUGCUGUUCUUGCUGAGAUCUGGGGAAGGGGUGGAACUUGUUCCUUCCUGUAAUCCUGCCCAUCUACCCACAUGCAGUUCCAUUCCUGGGAGGGAAGGCACAAGUGGCUCCGAACCCCAAGUGGUCACAGGCUGGAGUACAGUUGCCUCUGCUUCCGCAGAACGGCUGGUGAAGACGGCUAAGUGCCUGCUCAGGUUUCCCGUCCCCUGGAGCACCUUCAAGGACUCAGGACCACAGCCCUCUCCCCAGUUGUACUGACCACACACAGAGUUCAUGGUUGGGUUUGCAAACUGUGCUCAGUGAGUGGACAGAUUACAGUGAACACGUACACUGGCCCCAGUGGACCGUAGGUGUGUGCCACCUCCCAGGCUGCCUGACCCCUUGUCACCCCACUGGCUUAUUGGGCUGGGACACGGCCUCAUCUCGGGUGGGCCUGGAAUUUGCUGGGAUGGAGGAAGUGGAACCAAGACCUGUCCUGCAGUGCCAGAAUGCCAGGAGGGUUUCCCUGACCCAGGAGAGACUGACUCUGCCUCCUCGUAGCUGAAGACAUCCCAAGGCAGAGCCCUGGGGAGGGAUGCAUCUCUGGCCUGGCCUCAGAGAGCCCUGCGCAGCCUCUCAGAUACAGAGACGGUUCCCUAGAGUGACAGGGCCUCCAGUGACCCCACCCCCGUGUAUCCUGGGGUA